AACCGAGCGCGGCCAAUGAGCGGGCGCCACGUCAGAGGCCCCGCCCACACGCCGCUCAUUGAAGAAGGACAGGGAAAGUCUCCAUUUCCCAUCCUCCAGACGAAAGGCAACAUGACGGACAAGCUGUGCAAGCUUUUUGUUGGAGGGCUGAACGUGGAGACCACCAGCGAUGGCCUCCGGGCGUACUUCGAGCAGUACGGCGCGCUGACGGACUGCGUGGUGGUGAUGAACCAGCAGCUCGGCCGCUCCCGCUGCUUCGGCUUCAUUACCUACUCGGCGCCCGGGGAGGCCGACGCCGCAAUGGCGGCUAAGCCACAUGUCGUCGAAGGCAACAACGUGGAGCUGAAGAGGGCCAUAGCCCGGGAAGACGCCAACAACCCGGACAUCCUGGCCAACGUGAAGAAGAUCUUCGUGGGCGGCGUGAAGGACCACGUCGAGGCGGACAACCUCACCGAGUACUUCUCGCAGUUUGGCGCAGUGGAGAAAUCCGAGAUCAUCUCCGACAAGCAGACCGGCAGGAAGCGGGGCUUCGGCUUCGUCUACUUCACGGACACCGACUCGGCCACCAAGGCGGCGCUCACCAAGUACCACACCAUCAGCGGCAACAAGGUGGAGGUGAAGAAGGCGCUCAGCAAGCAGGAGAUGACCACCGGCGGCCGCGGCGGCGGCAGAGGCCGGGGCCGGGGGAUGCAGAGCUUCGGCGGCGGCGGCAGAGGCGGGGGCUACGGAGGCGGCUAUGGCGGCGGCGGCGGUGGCUACAGCGGGGGCUACGGCGGGAACUACGGCAGCGGCUACGGCUACGGCGGCGGCUACAGCAACGACAGCAGCGGCGGCUACGGCGGCGGCGGCUACGGCGGCUACAACGAGUACGACAGCCAGAUGGGCGGCGGGUACAGCAACGGGGACUUUGGCGAGGGCUACGGACAGCAGCAGUCGAGCUACGGCGCGAUGAAGGGGGGCAACUACUCCUCCUACCGGAGCGCGGCUCCCUACCGGGGCGGAGGCGGCGGCGCCGGCCGGGGCGGCGGGUUCGCGGGGGGUUAUUAGUGCGCCGGAAAGCCGAGAUGUUCAUGGGGACGUGAGAAAGGAACUUUACAUUAGCAGCGGCGCCAUCACAUGUGGGGCAGGAGCGCUCUUUGUCCGCCUGGAUGAGCGGCGCCCAUCACCCACUCUGGAUGAAUGAAACCCGCCUCCUCCACCGGAUCCCAUCUGUCCUUUCUUUUUUUUUUUUCUUUUUUUUGUUCCACGCAUUCUGGACUCUAAAAAAAAUACAAAACAAAAAAUUGUGAAUAUAUUUUGUUGUCGUGUAUUGAAACCAUUUGUAAGAACGGAAAGAAAAAAGAUCUGUAAUUUUCCUGCUUCAUAGAAAUGUGAGUUUUUCCUGCACAUGCGGUCGCAUGUUUGCAGGAGAAAUUCGGGUUUUAUGGAGCUGGCGUGGGGCUCGUUGAGGCUCCGGGAUCUUAAAAGUGUUCCUAUUGAACGUGUCGGACUUUUCAUCUAAAAAUCACAUUUUUUGCCGUCCGUUUAAGGCUUUUUUUUAUGACUUAAUACUGUCGAGUGUAUGUGUUCAUUUCACCCCUAUGUUGUAUUCUGCUUUUAUUAUUAAAAGUUUUUAAUGACUUGAA